AGCAUAAGACAUGAGAUCAAUCCUGGGCGGGAUUCUCAUCUGUCUGUCAGAAUUUUUAGUGGCUCAGACUUCCAAGGAUAUCACGCGACCCAAUAUCCUCGUUUUGUUGGCAGACGACCUCGGGAUUGGUGAUGUGGGUUGUUUCGGCAAUUCCUCGAUAUCCACUCCAAAUAUUGAUAGAUUGUGCAAUGAGGGUCUAAAGCUAACUCACCACAUGUCAGCAUCUGCGGUUUGCACUCCCAGCCGUGCCUCUUUCUUAACAGGAAGAUAUCCGCUCCGCACAGGUUUAACAGGGGAUGUUAAUACUCCACCAGUGAUUGUUUACACUUCUGCUAGAAGUGGUCUUCCUUCCAACGAAACAACGUGGGCGACCGUGCUUCAAAAUAUUGGAUAUCAAACUGCUGCAUUUGGAAAAUGGCAUUUAGGAUGGGAUGAAGACUGGCGAGGGGAUCAGAAUCAUGGACCUUUGGGCCAUGGGUUCCAGUACUUUUUUGGAUUGCCAUUUACUCUAGUGGAUGGAAUGGAGCUUAACACACCGUUCUUGACUUAUUCCGGAUGGAGACAAGCCGGCAAUCCAUUGCACGAUCGUAUGAUGGCGGCCUUCUUGGCCUUUGUGGUGGUUUUGGCCGUCUACAAUAAGGAAUUCGGCUACACAAUGAUGGUGUUCAUCAUUGUGUUCUUUAUGAUUGGGUGGUUCUUCUUGGAACACUUCCAAUUUCACACGGAUACCUGGUGGGGACGAAGCUUUUACAUGGAAAAGUUAUUGAACAGCGUCGUUAUGGAGGACCGGAAGGUGUAUGAGCAGCCAAUUGACUUGCCAAAAUUGGUGGAUCAGUUGUCCAAUAAAACUCUCGAUUACCUGGACAAAGUACACAAGUCGGAGGAUCCGUUUGCGAUUUACUUUGCCUUUCCAAAUGUCCACACUCCUAUGGUUCCCAAUAAGAGAUUUCGAGGAAAAAGCCGUUUUGGACCCUACGGCGAUAGUAUCUUGGAGAUGGACGCCGCAAUCGGAAAAAUUCUCGAUAAACUCGACGAAAUGGACGUGGCAGACAACACUCUAGUUUACUUUACCUCCGAUCAUGGAAGCCACAUCGAUAUUGGCACAAAAGGUGGAAGUAAUGGCAUCUAUCCAGGUGGAAAAAUGAUGUGCGCCUUUGAAGGUGUUAUUCGCGUUCCUGCAGCCAUUCGUUGGCCAAAGGUCAUUCCCAAGGGCUCCUCCUCGAACGUAUUGACCACUUUAACCGACUUUCUGCCCACCAUAUUGAAUGUUAUCAAGACUGCAGAUGACUCGCAACAAAUCAAGGAUCUCCACGAAAAAUUGGAUGGAAAGAGCUACUCCCAACUUCUGUCGAAUCCGAAGGCCAUUCCCAAGGAGACCCGUAUGUUUCGACAUUAUUGCGGCAUUUAUCUCCAUGGUCUCACUCACGAAACCCAAGACGGUCGUGCCUUCAAGGCUUAUUUUCAUCAGCCUCGCCUCAACAGCCAAGGUCAUUGCGGUGAGAUCUGCCCUUGUUUUGGCCCCGAUGUCUUGAACUUAACUCAACCUUUAAUAUACGAUAAAAAUGUUGAUCCAAGCGAGCAGAACCCAUUGCCCGAGGACAAUGAGAUAUAUCAGACCUUGCUUCCAUUGGUUUUGGAAGAAAAAGAUAAAGCCAAUAGUGAGUGGAAUCCACCCAGUCAGCUCUCUAGUAUUUGGUCCACCAUGCCAAGGCCAUGGUUCCAACCUUGUGCUCGAUUUCCACUCUGUCGGACGUGAAAAGACAGAUAACUUUGAAAUGAGUGAAUAAAUUUUUCCACCAUAA